GCUCCCCGGGGGACAGCCCGUGCAGGGCUGCUCCCGACGGCUCCUGGAGUCAGGGCCGUCUCCAAACAAUGGGUGGAGAGCAGGAAACGCCGCAUGGGAAACAGGAUUUGGCUCCGCCGCCGCCGCCAGCCACGGCCCCUUGGCCCCUUUCCUUUCCCUGCUCCAGAGAGCCCUUCCCACAGCCAUCAGCCACGGCGCUGCACCGAGGGGAUGGGGAUGCCGCCGCCCGGGCGGGCUGGGGCAUGAGGCACUCUGAACCUUGGACAAAAAGCAGGGUCGGGACACCUCCUGCCUGGGCUAGGGCCUCAGCAUGGCUCAGGGAACCCUGAGCUCGCAGCCCUAGCCCUGGAGGGGUGGGCGGGUGCCUUUUUCUGGAAGAGCUGCCACCAGGCAGGGGACCCCAGUGGCCCCUUGGCCAGCAAGCCCUGCUCCUGAGCAGCUGGCUGGCCACGGAGCCAGCAGAAACGGGGGCAUCUCUCAGUCCGUGUCCAGGCUAUGCACCACAGGAGGUUGUCCCAGCUGCCCUGGAAGUCAAGCAACAGCACGGAGAAGAGAUGGGGGGCACGGGCAGGGAGCAGUGGACCUGAGGUGCUGCUCACGUGGACCUCCUAGGCAGCCACAGCCUCCAGCUCUGACCUCCAUAGCCAGGAAAUGCUGGGGAUUUUCUGACCUCUGCCAGAUUUGGAACAAGCUCCAAGGACAUGGGACUCCAGCUUUAUCUUCUACUUCUCUUCCCACAUCUGGCAGGGGCCAUCCUGGACAUCACCCUGAUUGCCAACGUGCAGAGCCUGUCCCACUCCGACUUCUUCCUCUCCUGUGUCAUGGGGGAGCACGACGUGAGCUACCUGCAGAUCGAGCGGGAGAACAAGAUCGUGAUGACACAUCCCAAAAUGGGCUUCCAAAACUACCGCAACCGCAGCAACCAAGUCCAGGCCAGGGGCUUCUCUAAGGCUGACCUGGUGGGGAUCCUCUACUGCCUGGGGCGCACCCCGACCGAGCAGGCCCAGGUGGUCUAUGUGCACAACAGCCACAAUGCCCACCUCUUCCCAGUGAAGGCCACACAGUCUGUGAAUGUUGCUGAGGUGGCCACCUUCUCUGCCAGGAUCCUCAAGAGGAAGGAGACAGAUGUUAUGUGGAAAAGAAACGGCACCUACUACCAAACCACGGACCGGGGCGAGGUGCAGGAUGACCGUGUCGUCCUGACACUCCCCAAUGUCAGUGUCAAUGAAAAUGGUGUCUACAGUGCCACAUUCAUGGGGGACAGCCCUCUGUGGAGUGCCUUCUACCGCCUCAUCGUGAGAGCCUGCCCUGCGAAGAAAUGGGGACCAUCCUGUGAGAAGGACUGUCCCGACUGUCUGAACGGCGGCAUCUGUCACGACCACGUUGGCGAAUGCAUCUGCCCUCCAGGGUUCAUGGGCACCCGCUGUGAGAGAGCCUGCCGGGAAGGCCAGUUUGGCCGCAACUGCCAGGAGACGUGCCAGAGAGCCCAGGGCUGCCGGGGGCUGAGCUUCUGUCUUCUCGACCCCUAUGGCUGCUCCUGCGCCUCGGGCUGGAGUGGCUCCCGCUGCGACCAAGCCUGUCCCUCAGGAUUCUACGGCCCUGACUGUGCCCUGGAGUGCACCUGCCAAAACGGAGGCAGCUGUAACCGCUUCAGUGGCUGUGUCUGCCCCGCAGGCUGGCAUGGGCAGCACUGUGAGAAGUCAGACCGGUUUCCCCAGAUCAUCCAACUGGCCUCAGAGCUGGAGUUCAACCUGGGCUCAGAGCCCAUCAUCAGCUGUGUGGCCAUUGGCAACCCACUGCCCACCAGGGACAGCGUGGAGCUGCGCAAGGCUGAUGGCACCGUGCUCAAGGUCAUCAAAACCAUCAUCGAGCCGAAGCAGAUCACCUGCGAGUUUGAGGUGAGGCACCUGACAAAGGCAGACACGGGGCUCUGGGAGUGCCGAGUCUCCACAACUGGGGGCCAGGACAGCCGGAAAGUCAAGGUCAAUAUCCGAGUGCCACCAGUGCCCUUGAGCGCCCCCCGGCUCUUGGCCAAGCAGAGUCGCCAGCUGGUGGUGUCACCUGUGGACAGCUUCUCUGGUGAUGGACCCAUCACCUCCAUCAAGCUCUUCUACAAGCCCAAGGAUGACAAUUCAGCAUGGUCAUCCAUUGUAGUCGACAACAGCGAGAACAUCACCCUCAUGAACCUCCGGCCAGUGACCGCCUACAUCGUCAAGGUGCAGCUGAGCCGGCCAGGGGCCGGUGGGGAGGGCAGCAAGGGUCCCGAAGCCAUCAUGGUGACUGACUGCCUUGAGCCCACAGUCAAGCCUGUGAUCGAAGGCUGGUCCAUAGAAGAGAAAAAUAUGCUUCAUGUCAACUGGAAGUUGCCAAGCAACCAUGAGCCAGCACAUGGGUUUAUUGUCCACCUCUUUGACUCUGCAAAGCGGUUGGUCUCUGAGAAAAAUGUCACAUCCAUCUCUGUGCUCUCUGCCCGCAUCGGGGACUUGGAGUUUAACAAGGAGUACAGGCUGGAGGUGCUGGUGUACCACUGCACCAGCCUGGGGCCACCCUCUGACCCCUAUAAGAUCAUGAUCAACAGUAAAGGGCCCUCCUCCCCGCAGUUGCUCUCGGCAGAGCCCGUGUCCGACACUGCUGUCAGGCUCUCCUGGCAGGUGCCCGAGUACCCCAACGGGGGCAUCACCAAGUACAUCGUGGAGCUGCAGCAGGUGGGGAGCACCAGUGAACCCCAGUGGAUUGACACCGACAGCGGCGCCGAGACCACCAAGAUCAUUGGGGGCCUCAAUUCCAGCACCAGCUACCAGUUUCGUGUCCGUGCCAACUCCCAUGUUCCAGGGGAAUGGAGCCUGCCCGUGAAAGCCAAGACCCUCGGGGAUGGAGUGCUGAGCGUGCCGCCCAGCCUGGGCAGCCAGAGCACUGAGCAGGCAGGAACAGACCAGCAGCUGCUCUUGGCCAUUGUUGGCUCUGUGUCCGUCACUUGCUUCACCAUCCUCUUUGCUCUCCUGGCACUUUUCCUCAUCAAGAAGAAUUUUUUCCACCGGCGCCGCACCUUUACAUACCAGUCUGGAUCGGUGAGUGCCGCCUGCCCCACCAGGACCGUGUCCCCUGCUCCCCACGUCCCAGCCCGAUCCAGGUCACGUUCCAUAGCCUCCAGUCCGGAUGCAGCCAGACCUCACUUCCACGCGGAGAGGGGGGAAGAGACCAUCUUACAGUUCAACUCAGGGACCUUGACCCUGACACGCCGGCCCAAGCCACAGCCUGAGCCCCUCAGCUACCCCAUCCUGGAGUGGGAAGACAUCAAGUUUGAGGACAUGAUUGGAGAGGGCAAUUUUGGGCAGGUAAUCAGGGCCAUGAUCAAAAAGGACGGCCUGAAAAUGAAUGCAGCCAUCAAGAUGCUGAAAGAGUUUGCUUCAGAGAAUGACCAUCGGGACUUUGCCGGGGAGCUGGAGGUGCUGUGCAAACUGGGCCAUCACCCUAACAUCAUCAACUUGCUGGGUGCCUGUGAGAACAAGGGCUACCUGUACAUUGCCAUUGAAUAUGCUCCAUAUGGAAACCUCCUCGACUUCCUCCGCAAAAGCCGAGUUUUGGAGACAGACCCAGCUUUUGCCAAGGAGCAUGGCACUGCCUCCACCCUCACAUCCCAGCAGCUCCUCCAGUUUGCUUCAGACGUGGCCAAGGGGAUGCAGUACCUGAGUGAGAAGCAGUUCAUUCACAGGGACCUGGCAGCAAGAAACAUUCUGGUGGGAGAAAACCUGGCCUCCAAAAUUGCUGACUUUGGCCUCUCCAGAGGGGAGGAGGUCUAUGUCAAGAAGACAAUGGGCCGUUUGCCAGUUCGAUGGAUGGCCAUCGAGUCCCUCAACUAUAGUGUGUACACCACCAAGAGCGAUGUGUGGUCAUUCGGUGUCCUGCUCUGGGAGAUUGUCAGCUUGGGGGGGACACCAUACUGCGGGAUGACGUGUGCCGAGCUCUAUGAGAAGCUGCCCCAGGGAUACCGCAUGGAGAAGCCGCGCAACUGCGACGACGAGGUGUACGAGCUGAUGCGGCAGUGCUGGCGGGACCGCCCCUACGAGCGCCCUCCCUUCGCCCAGAUCUCCAUGCAGCUCAUCCGCAUGCUGGAGGCCAGGAAGGCCUACGUGAACAUGGCCCUGUUCGAGAACUUCACCUACGCGGGGAUUGAUGCCACCGCCGAGGAGGCAUGAGGCUGUGCUGGCACCGCUCAGAGGGUCAAUGCUGGCCCCAGCCUGCUGGAACAGUGCUGUGGGGACAAGGGGCUGCUCGUCCACUCCAGGGCCAAGCAGCCAAAUGGCAGUGUCCCUUCCCAAGAGUGCCUUCCCUGCAGCAGGACUGUGCUGUCCCCUCCCUGGCAUGGUGCCAGCCACUAACAGCCCCACACUGUUGGGACAUGCUGGGGUGGCCCCCAAGGACAAGCAGCAGCACGGUGCUGGCAGCAGAGCAGGCAGGAGAGGGCCUCCCUCAGGAGACAGGGUACUGCCUAAGCCCACGGACACAAAUACUCAAGCUUUGGGCAAGAGGAGGAAGGAGCAACACAGCAACUGCCUGCCCUGCAGCCCUCAGCAUGCUCUGGGCCUGAAGUGGUGCCAGGGGUUGUGAGCAGUGCUGCUGGCAUGGGAUGGGGCCACCCUGGCAGGUGCAAAAGGACAGUGUUGGCUGUGCACAGCCUCCAGCUCUGCAGUGGCCCUUCGGAGGUGUCAGCUCUGCCUUACAGACAAUAAAGAUCAUGCAACAGCCAGGUCCAGAGGAGUGUUGGUGGGGACCCACUUCUGCCCUGCUGACAGCACUGGGGAACAGGAUGUGAGGGCCCAGUGAUCUACUGCUGUGGUGGGCACUCCUCAGAAUCCUCUUCCCACUGGGAUCCUCUGAUAAUUCCCCAGGAAUGUCCCAGCAUUCCUAGACAAGUCCCAGGUCUCAUCAUGGUAUGGAGAUGGGUUUUCUUAGGAUCCAACUGGGAUCUUUCCCCACACACACAAUUUAAAACUUGGUCUUGUCCCCAAAGGGAUAUGGAGAGCAGACUAUGUCCUUCCUAUGCACAGCUGCCUCUUGCAUGCUUAGAAAUUGUUCCUGCAGCUUCCCCUCAGCUGGCUGGUCUUUAAAGGGAUGGCCCUGCCCCUCCAGCUGGGUCCUGUGGAGCUGUGCAACUCCACACCCUUCCCACCCUGGCCAGCUGGCACCUCCCAGUACUGUGCCGAGCCAUCAGGUAACUUCCCACCUCUGGCAAAGUGACAGCUGCGUUUGACCAGCCUGCUCGAACAUGUGCUGCCAGGGUGAGGCUCAAGUGCCCAUCCCUCGAGGGCUGCCUGGGCUCUGCGCUGACCCUCCUGGAGGAGCUCCUGUCCCAGGCUUCGGUUCCUCACCUGCACUGCUCCUGUGCAUUACCCUGAGAGUGGUUGGACUUCAUCUCUUCUGGCUUCAGCUUGCUCAGCCCUGGACAUGCCAUCCAGCUGUCUGUCUAUCUGUCUUCUGCAGUCCCAUGUGCAAGAAGCAACAGUGGCUCCUGCAGAGCCUGGUAUCCCUGCUGGAGACAGGGACAUUUGUACUGACCUUCUGGGCAAGCGUCUUUUAUCCCCAGAAGGUCUCUGAACC